GGAAAAACUAAUGCGAUCAUUCUCAUUCUCCUUUUAUUAGAAAUAAAACCGCCGGACUUAUCCUAGCCUCUUGUCAAUGCUAAGAGGGACUAGGUAAAGUCCUCUCUUAGUUGCCCCUGACCCCGGACUCUACACCCCGGACUCCAUACCCCGUACCCCAUACCCCGUACCCCGGAAUAUGGGGCAAGGCCCAUAACUUGAUUGUGGCUCUUACGCAACCCGCUUCUGCUGAAGGUCAGCCCAGUGGAUAUCAAACUGAAUAUAAAGCUCUUCACUUUUACCCUCAAUCUGUCUUCUAACAUUCUCAAAACCCCCAUUGCAACCAUCGCAGAAGUACUUCAAGACAGUCCAUUCAUCAUGGUUGACGAAAGCAAUGAGAUUAAAGAUGUCUCGGCGCAAGUCAAUGACGGAGGAUUCGAACAUGUCGAGGAUGCAUCGAAUCUCAAGGUUACCGCGAAGAUCAACCAGCACCAUGAGGAAAUGUACAAGGAAGCGCUACAGCAAUAUCCAGACGAUACCGCCAUUGAUAAAGAAAGCGAGAGAAAACUCAAGCGAAAACUUGAUAUACGCAUAUUGCCCCUGCUAAGCAUAUGCUACUUCUUCUACUAUGUCGACAAGACAACGCUCUCCUAUGCUGCCAUCUUUGGAAUAGAGUCAGACCUUCAUAUGACAGGCUCCGAAUACUCGUGGCUGUCGAGCAUCUUCUACUUUGGCUGGCUCUUCUGGUCUAUCCCAUCGAACCUCAUCAUGCAGCGCUGUCCGCCUGCCUGGUAUUUGGCGUUCAACAUCUUCAUGUGGGGAGUGCUCUUGAUGUGCCAGGGCGCGGCAUCAAAUUUCGCCGGUCUUACAGCGCUGAGGACCCUGUCCGGGGCCUUCGAAGCCAUCGCGGAUCCGGCUUUCAUGCUUAUAACUUCAAUGUACUAUACACGUGAAGAACAGCCUGCUCGUAUCGCAGCGUGGUAUGUGUGGAAUGGUAUGGGUGUAGCAGGCGGUGGUCUUAUUGGAUACGGAAUUGGCCAAGUGAAAGGCGCGCUCGCCUCGUGGCGUUACGAAUUCAUAGUUGUGGGAGCAGUCUGUUCGUUUUGGGGCCUCAUCCUGUUUCUCCUCCUACCGAACUCACCAACAACUUUCUGGGGCUUCAAUAAACAAGAACGAUUGCUCAUGAUAGCUCGAAUGCGCAGCAAUCAGACCGGAAUCGAACACCAAGCAGUCAAUUGGGGUCAGGUCAAGGAAGCAUAUCUUGAUUAUAAGACGUGGCUUUUUAUCCUGUUAGGUUUCCUCGGCGCGGUACCCAAUGGCGGCAUCUCGAAUUUCUCAACAUUGGUUAUCAAAGGCCUAGGAUUCGAUACCCUACACACUGCGCUACUAGGUAUACCACAGGGCAUUAUCAUCGUCAUCUGGAUCGGCCUUAGCGCGCUUGCCAACAGAUAUAUGCCGCCUAAUAGCCGUACGCUCAUCUCCGCCAUGUUUAUGCUACCUACCAUGGCGGGAGCUUUGGGAUUCCUGCUUGCCCCAGCCGAUGCCUAUGUCGGGCGUUUGAUCUGUUUUUAUCUCACCGGAUCUUACCAGGCAGCAUUCGUCAUUUCCUUGUCCUUAGCAACAAGUAACACGGGAGGACAAUCGAAGAAGAUGAUUGUAGCGGCCAUGAUCUGGUUCGGCAAUUGCCUAGGCAAUAUCGUCAGUCCCUUCUUUUACAUCUCGUCACAAGCGCCGACCUACCACCUAGGUAUCGGGUCCCUGCUUGUAGCUAAUUUCCUCGAAUUCCUCCUAUUCUUCGUCUUCCGGUACGCGUUCAUAUUCGAGAAUCGGAAAAAGGAGAAGAUUCGAGCACAAUUGCGGGAAACCGGUGUGGACACGAACAGCGCGGAGUGGCUGAACGCAACCGCGUUCCAAAACUUGACGGACAAGGAGAACCCAAAUUUCGUUUAUGUGUAUUAGGACUUCGGUGGCCGAAUGAAUUUGGAAUCUCCCAUGCGCGCUCUGUGCCCAUAAGAGCCUUUGAGGCAGAAGGGGCAGACGCUAGGAUCGCGGGAUAGCAUCCUCCAAAUCGCUGAAGACAUUUCGGCUCAUACCCCUGAAUUUGUUGGCUUGGUAGCUUAUCCAUUAUCGCAUCGCAAUAACUUAUGGCAUGGGAUUGAAGGUAUUAGUAUAGUAUACCGAAACUUCUUUGCGGAAAUAAAUAUUUAUCGCUAUAUUCGACUAUUGGUUUAUUAUUUUUCAGACACCCUGCCGCCUUUUGAAAUAUAUCAAUAGGGUGAAUUGAACCAAUUCUUAGGUACAAUAGCUCUGUUGGUUCGGCCUGUAAUUAGCGUCAAUAAGGCGACUCCCAACCAUGGUACCGCGUGCGGGCCAAAUUCACAAUCUGGCAUCGAUUGAGACAAGAAGACAGGAAGGCUGAAAAAUCCUUGAGUUCAGAUCGUUUCAAUAUUGCUUCGGUUCUCCACCUCAUUCCCACACAGUCAAUGUCCCGCAGAUACCGGAAUUCUAACGCGACAGACGAUAUUCUGUAUGGACUUCGUGCUAUCGGGACGUGGGAUGGACAGGAUUGUCAGAGAGAGGAGUGCUCCGUGAUAGAGGUCACACAUAGAGUGCAUGCUAGGUAGUAGUGUAGUAUUAGUGAACUAAUAACGCUUGCCCUUCGAAGCACCUUCGAGGGCGCUGAGCGCCCUAUAUAUGAACUA